AGGGGCAGUUGGCGGAAGAGAUCGCGCUCCCUGGCCGCCGGCUCGCCUUCUGCCGUGAGUUCUCGCGGCCAGCCUCUCGGCGUCUGCUCGCCACCCGGAGUCCGUUUGUCGGCGUCCUCGUCGCCCUCCCUCACCCGGCUGGGGCACAGCGAGGCGGCCCUCUCCCGACGGCGUUCCAUGGAGUAGGGUCCCGGACCGUUGUCCCGAAGAGCGAGAUCGAGCUUGGCCCCCUCCCCCCCUCUUCCCUCCCUCCUUCCUUCCGCUGCAACAUGGCUAACAACAGCCCCGCGCUGACAGGCAACUCGCAGCCGCAGCACCAGGCGGCCGCGGCCGCGGCCCAGCAGCAGCAGCAACCGCCGUGCGGCGGCGGCGCCCCGACCAAGCCGGCGGUCUCGGGCAAGCAGGGCAAUGUGCUGCCGCUGUGGGGCAACGAGAAGACUAUGAACCUCAACCCCAUGAUCUUGACCAAUAUCCUGUCGUCGCCUUACUUCAAAGUGCAGCUCUACGAGCUCAAGACCUACCACGAGGUGGUGGACGAGAUCUACUUUAAGGUCACACAUGUUGAGCCAUGGGAGAAAGGAAGCAGGAAGACGGCAGGCCAGACAGGGAUGUGCGGAGGGGUUCGAGGUGUUGGAACAGGAGGAAUUGUUUCUACAGCUUUCUGCCUGUUGUACAAGUUAUUUACUCUGAAGUUAACUCGCAAACAAGUGAUGGGUCUCAUAACACACACAGACUCUCCAUAUAUUAGAGCCCUCGGAUUUAUGUACAUAAGGUACACACAGCCCCCUACAGAUCUCUGGGACUGGUUUGAAUCCUUCCUUGAUGACGAAGAGGACCUGGACGUGAAGGCCGGCGGCGGCUGCGUGAUGACCAUUGGGGAAAUGCUGCGGUCCUUUCUCACGAAACUGGAGUGGUUCUCCACCCUGUUCCCAAGGAUUCCAGUUCCAGUUCAGAAGAAUAUUGAUCAACAGAUUAAAACCCGGCCUAGAAAAAUCAAGAAAGAUGGAAAGGAAGGCGCCGAGGAAAUAGACAGACACGUUGAACGCAGACGCUCAAGGUCUCCAAGGAGAUCACUGAGUCCACGGAGGUCCCCAAGAAGAUCACGAAGUAGAAGCCAUCAUCGGGAGGGCCAUGGGUGUUCUAGUUUUGACCGAGAAUUAGAGAGAGAGAAAGAACGCCAGCGACUAGAGCGUGAAGCUAAAGAAAGAGAGAAAGAAAGGCGAAGAUCCCGAAGUAUUGACCGGGGGUUGGAGCGCAGGCAUAGCAGGAGUAGGGAAAGGCAUAGAAGUCGAAGUCGUGAUAGGAAAGGAGAUCGAAGGGACAGGGAUCGGGAAAGAGAGAAGGAAAAUGAGAGAGGCAGAAGACGAGAUCGUGACUAUGAUAAGGAACGAGGUGAUGACCGAGACAAGGAGAGGGAGCGGUCCAGGGAACGGUCCAAGGAACGGAGAAGUAGGGGCGAGGUGGAAGAAAAAAAACACAAAGACGACAAAGAUGAUAGACGGCAUAGAGAUGACAGAAAAGAUUCCAAGAAAGAGAAAAAACACAGUAGGAGCAGAAGCAGAGAAAGGAAACAUAGAAGUAGAAGUAGAAGCAGGAAUGCAGGGAAACGGAGUAGAAGCAGGAGUAAAGAGAAGUCCAGCAAGCGUAAAAGUGAAAGCAAGGAAAAGUCCAAUAAACGAAGUCGAAGUGGCAGUCGAGGAAGAACUGACAGUGUUGAAAAAUCAAGAAAACGGGAACACAGUCCCAGCAAAGAUAAGUCUAGAAAGCGUAGUAGAAGCAAAGAACGUCCCCACAAGCGGGAUCACAGUGAUGGCAGGGACCAGGCUGACAGACACGAUCAUCGGAGGAGCCAAAGCACAGAGCCCGAGAGCCAAGAGAAACAGCAUAAAGACAAAGACGAGACUGUGUGAACGUUUUUUGUGAAAGUGGAUCACAUUGAAUCCUAUAAAUGUUUGAUUAAAUCUGCUUUUUCCCCUUCCCAAGUUGAGAUUGUUGCAGUAGUACGCACUCUUCAGGCUCCCUGUAGGCAGCGUUUUCAUUUCCUCUUUCGUGUAGGGAAGUGCCUUUGUAAUCCCAUUUAUUGCAUUGAUGUUUCCACCCAAUUGUUGAGUUUGACACCUGGUGCACAGGUUGUUCUUGCAUUUUUACUGUUUAAUUGUUUUUGAGGUGUACAGUCUGUACAUAUGUCCUGAAAAUGUUUUAAUUUCUUUGGCAUGGUCGCCAUGUUGGUUAAAUUUGUAUAAGGCAAUAAACUGCCACUGAUUCUAUUUUUGUUCUGUAGGUGUGGGGUUAUGGUCUGUGUACUGAAGUCCGCAUGGCUGUGCUUUCCGUAGUAGAAUGCUAAAGACUUGGAGAAUGGCUCUCGGAUGUUCAUCAUAGGAGAAUUAUGUGUUUGCGAUGUACAUGAAGCCAACAGUUGUAGGAUUAACAUUCUUACCCACUGUAUAUUAUCUUGGAAGGCUCUUGUUAAUAUGUUACACUUAAUAUUCUCCAGUUAACUUUAGAGAGAAUUUAUAAAUAGUUUUCUGAUACAGAGGUUUAAAUUAGGCUGUGAUGUGAUCAAAAGUCCUUUUAGCAUUCUACCUCAAAGGGACACUGUUAGUAUGCCUAAAAUAUAUUCACUUCGUUUUCUUUUUUUAUUUGAAAAAGUACAUGACAUGUAUUCUUUUCUUUUUUUUUUUUUUGGAUUCCUCAGAUUUUAAAGUACUAUAUUAAAGGAAAAAAAAGUCUAAGGCCUAGCAUUCUUGCAGCAGCCCUACACUAACGAAAUUGGGAGAGGGUGGGGCAGAUGAGUAGAGACAUAGAUUCAAGCCUCAAGCUUCCAAAGCAUUUUUAUAAAUGGAAAAUACUUAAAUUAUAAAACAGCUUGAUAGUGUCCUUUUUUUAAAAUUCAAAACUUUUUUAUUGAUAAUGAAGAUUGCUGUUUGAGUUUUUAAACAAUCUAGAACAGAGAAGUAUUAAAAGUAAUGCUAUGCUGCAUUAUUUAAGAUUAUUGGCAAAUUAUUUGAUAGAUUGUUAUGACUUGUAUUCUGAUUACAGAGAAGGAUCAUGAGUGUGGAAUAAAUACUGGAUUAAAUCCUUUAUCCUGGGUGUUGGCUUUUCCCCUAUGUGUUGGGUUUUUUUUUUUUUUUUUUUUUUGGAAGUAUUUUUGUGGAAACUGGUAAAAAGUUAGGAGAGCCACACUUUGUGUAGAGAGAGAUUUCAGUGAAUCUUAAGCCUGUAACCUUGAAUUGGAUGUGCACUGAUGCUCAGCAAUCCUUCCUCAAGUUCUUCCCGGCUGUCCCCUCCGUCUGUGGGUGUCGCGUUACUGGAUCAUUCUUUGGGUUGGGUGAUUACUUAGGUUCCUAUCAAAGGUGCUUAUGGAGGUACUUUGCACUUGGAUUAUAUAAUUAGACUUAAAGGAACUUUUCUAAGUUAACUCAUUUAAUUCUUAGAACACAGAAACAGGCUGCGAGUGGUUUUGUCCAGAGGGUGCCAGGCCUCCUGUGAGGGUCCUCAACCCUCCCGCAUUAGCACCUGUUUCAUCUCAUCAUCCUGCUGGCGACAACGGGUCACUGAGACGCCACCUGGCAAGGGUGUUAAAUGGGGAAAACAAGUACUUUUGAAGAGCCGAGCCCUUCAUAUGUGGGCUUAGCAUUUGUAUCUGCCUAACUCC